CACGUGAAUAAAAAAGGAAAAAAAAAAGGGGGGGAGGGUAGAGAGAGAAGAGAUUAGAGAGAACAUAUCGGCGCAUGCGUUUCUUCACUCAGUCGUUCGUCGUCUGCCACACGGACGUCGUGUCCACAGUUCAAGUUCUUCUUGAUCCCCUUUCCACCCAUCGUCUUGAGUUUCGUUUUUUUUUUUGUUUUUUUUGUUUAAUGAUUUUCAAAACUGGACGAUAUAUACGUCAACAUUAUUUUCGUUUUCCCUCGUGUUGUGUCUGUGUUGGAUCAAGCAAUUGUGCGAGAAAAGUGUGAAGAAUAACUGAAGGAACGGAAAAACAAUUUGCAAGAAUUUCGCCUGUCUCAUUUGAAGAAACACAAAACAAAAACGAUUUGAUUUGGCGGGUCAUGCUCGGUCGCCAUUUAUACGACCAGACACUAUGACGGUGACGGUGGUGAUUUCUAGCGACGCUGGCAAGAUGAGCUUGUUCCAGGAUCUCAAGCUCAAAAGGAGAAAAGUCGAUUCGCGAUGCAGCAGCGAUGGUGAAAGCCUGAUGGAGUCGAGCAGCUCGGCCUCGCCCGACUGUAGCGCUGCCACGCCGCCCAGGAGCGCCGGCGAAGACGGUUGCGACGGCGGAAGUGCCAGCCAUUCCGCCGCCAUCCGGCAGGAAGGUGGCGAACAAAGUGCCGCCGGCCACAGCAACCCGAUCCUAGACCAUCCACAUGGUGGUGGCGGCGGUGGCGGCGCGACCAGCAUCACGGUCGUUUGCAACGGACGAAUCAUCAAACAAGAGGAUGACGACGACGAAGAAGAAGAAGAUGACGGCGUCGGUGAAGACGGCGACGAAGACGGAGAGACGCCAGAACGAUCGUCUCACGUGUCGGCGUCGAGCGCCAGCGACGGAGGAUUCGUCUCCUCACCUGGGCUAUCUCGCGAAAGUAGGUCGACACCGGAUUCUUUAGGCGCCGACGACCUCCAGCACCGGCUGUGCGACGAUUCCGGAACGGGAUCGGCUUUAAUGAUUGUCGUCAAACAGGAAACGCUCGACGACGAGGAGGAGGCCGAUGAGCAUCACGCAGAUGACUCGGCACUGACGGCCACCACCGAACGGCAACAGCAACAGCAGGCGCAAAAGCGAGUGCGGAAUCGAGACGAAGCCGAUGAGGCGGUGACGGUGAAAUCAGUCAAGACGAAAAGCGUGAGCUCACCAUUCCACGAUGAAGACGCACUGCGGCCGCGUGUCAGAGAGUUUGCAGAGGACGACGGCGGAUUGGAUCCGUCUGUCCAUUCACCGCCGGCGGCGGCCGUGGUCAAAACGGAAAUGCGACAACGCAGCCCGUCGUCGGCCACUUGCGUCAGCAGUUCCGAUCACAAUGGCAUCCGGUCUUGGCCCAGCCGAUCCUCCCCCAACGGCCAUACCAGGAACAGCAAUAGCAACAACAACAACAACAAAACGAUCCGGCCGGAAAUCAUUUUUAGCCACCGGAGAGCGUCGGCCACGGUCGUCGGGGCCAUUUCGCUGGAUGCGUCCGUGAACGGCGGAUGCAGGACGGCACCACCUCUGACGACGCAUCCGGUUGGCUCUUCGCCGGAUCGCCAUCACCCGCCUAACGCAAACGGAAGCAAUAAGCAACCGUCGUCGUCGUCGGCCACGUCGAAUUCUCGGGUCCCUUCCGUCAUCCUGGGCCAAUCGGGCGGCGUCAAAACGAUGGUGUGGACGGGCCACUGGGCCGAUCAGCAACAACAGCAGCAGCAGCAGCAACAACAACAGGCGACACCAUCAAGGCCGCGAUCCGUGCCCAACGGUCUGGAUGUCCAACAGGGUUCGCCAUUGAUGAUGGCCGUCCAUCACAACAACCGUCCAGGUGCUAAGCCACACAACAACAACAACAACAACAGGCUGGAUGGCAGCAGCAGCAACGUGCAAGAUGCGGCCAGCAUCCGGCUGUCGAUUGACGGCUUGCUUAGUCUGGCUCACUCUUCAUCGGAGCGUCGCCAUGCCAACGUAUCUAGGUCAUCUCCCCUUCAGGCGAGUCCGAGUAGUAGCACGGUGAGUCCGACGGAAAGGCCAAGCGUCGUCAACAUGCAGCGGCUCAGUCCCACAUCUUCGUCGGCUUCCGUUUCCAUGGCGGCCGGCUCGUCGACUCCGCCUCAUUUCGCCUCUCCGCUGCGCGUCCAAACGCCCACGACGUCCACCUCGUGCCCGUCUUCUUCUUCUUCUUCUUCUUCUUCUUCUCAAUCGUCUUCUUCAUCAUCAUCACGCCAUCGUCAAGGAUCGGGCUCUCCGCCGGCCAUGGGUCUGUUGACGGUGGCCAGGAGCCAUCACCAUCCGCCGGGCGGCUAUCCGUUUCCGGACACGCCUCCGUCCUUAUCGGUGGAGCGCGUCGGCCAAAGCAACGGCCACUUGAUGUCUUCGCCAUCGUCCGCCGCGCGACUCAUCGAGAACGGCCACCAUCAAGGUCUUCCGCCUUCCAUAUCGCGUCCGCCGGCCCUCCAUCUGUCGUCGCGAUCCACCACUUCGUCAUUAUUGUCUUCAUCAUCGUCAUCAUCGUCAUCAUCAUCAUCAUCAUCAUCUUCCUCUUCCUCUUCAUCCUCCUCGUCUUCAUCACCUCCCAUUUCAGGGGCUUGCGGCUCCAACGCCAUGGCUCCGCCCACUUCAACGGCCAUCAAUGGCCAACAGACGCUGUCGAUGGAGCGGCUGUGGGAAAACGCGGAGCGAUCGGCCGCCGCCGCCAAGCAACAACAACAACAACAACAACAACAGCAAAGGCCGGAUUCGCAAGCGCUGGACUAUUCGGUCUGUUCCGGCCGGUCGUCCAUCAUCGUCAGCUCGAAUAACGUCAACCACCACCCAUCGCACCAACAACACCACCACCACCAGCAGCGCCACCACCACCAGCACAAUCAUCAUCACCUUCAGACCAACGAUCACCAUGACAACGGCAGCAAUCAGACAGCCACCUCGUCCAUCCAUCAGCUUCCAUCGUCCAUCGUGACGGCAAUAAAUGGCGGAGGAGCAGGUGGUGCUGGUGGGGGUAGGAACGGCAGUCACGCAACAGCCGACGGCAACCGGAUGGAGGAGGAGGAAGACGACACGCCCAUGAUUUGCAUGAUUUGCGAGGACAAGGCCACUGGACUCCACUACGGCAUCAUCACCUGCGAAGGGUGCAAAGGAUUCUUCAAGCGGACGGUGCAGAACAAGCGAGUGUAUACUUGCGUGGCCGAGGGCAACUGCGAAAUCACCAAAGCGCAACGGAACCGGUGCCAGUAUUGUCGCUUUCAAAAGUGUCUCGGCCAGGGAAUGGUCUUGGCCGCCGUCCGGGAGGAUCGAAUGCCCGGCGGAAGGAAUUCCGGCGCCGUCUACAACCUCUACAAGGUCAAGUACAGGAAACACAAGAAGAACAACAAGAAAAACACGCCGGCCACCAACGGUGUGACGGCCGCGCUGGCCGUCAAGGCCGUCAUGGAAGCCAACGCCACAGCGCUCGUCAACGUCAAGAUGCAUCCGCCGCAACAACAACAACAACAACAACAGCAGGUGAUGAGCAGCAACGGCAUCCAGCGGAAAUCACCUGGCGGCAUGGCCGUCAUGGAUCAACAACAGCAACAACAACAACAGCCAUUGCAGCAUCAGCUUCAACAUCAGCAGCAGCAGCACGGAAUGAUGGCCGGCCAGCACAACGGCCAACAGCAGCAGCAGCAGCAACAGCAGCAAGUUCCGCGCAUCGCCAACGGCAACAUUCUCAAAACGGCCCUGACCAAUCCCAGCGAAGUGCUGCAUUUGAGGCGGAGGCUGGAGAGCGCCGUCACGUCCAGCCGCGACGCCAUCACUUUGCCUUACGAGUCGGCCAUGCCCACCAUUUGCACGCUCAUUUACUGUGAUGAGUUUGAAGACAUUGCUACCUUAAAGUUGGACGAGUUGCUGGACACAAAGGCCGAACUGUCGGACAAACUCUGCCAGAUCGGCGACUCGAUCGUCUACAAACUGGUGCAGUGGACCAAACGGCUCCCGUUCUACUCUGAGCUGCCCGUCGAGGUGCACACGAGAUUGUUGACGCACAAAUGGCACGAACUUUUGGUGCUGACGACUUCGGCCUAUCAGGCGAUUCACGGGCCGCGUAGGACCUGGUCGGGACCGGAACCCACCGAGCACGAUUUCGUCCAGCAGGUAUCAGCCAACCUAGUCACCCUUCAAACAUGUUUAGCCGCCAUGAUGGGUCGACCGUUGACCCUGGAUCAGUUGAGGCAGGACGUUGGCCUCAUGGUGGAGCGCAUCACUCACGUCACGAUGAUGCUCCAAAGGAGCCAAUUGCGGAUGGAAGAGUACGUCUGUCUCAAAGUCAUCGCCAUGCUCAGCCAACCCAAAGGGAGCGGCAGCGUCGAAUUAGAAGCCAUUCAAGAACGGUACAUGCAGUGUCUACAGAGCUAUGUCGAACACAACUAUCCACAAUCGCCCGGGCGAUUUUCUGAUCUCCUCACACGUUUACCUGAGGUCCAAUCGGCUGCUACCUUGCUGCUGGAGAGUAAAAUGUUUUACGUUCCUUUCCUGCUGAAUUCGGCCAUUCACAGAUAGCCACAGUUUUUCAUUCUCCUUUCGCUUCUUACAUCGUCUUCUUCGAACGUUUGAUCAUCGUCUCGUGCGUCAUCGUCGUGUUCGUCUGCUGCCCUCACCUCCGUCUCGUCCAUCUUUUACUUCUUCUGCAUUGUUUCAUUUUCAAAAAACAGCAAACUUGUGCUUAAAAGACCAAUGCAUUUCAAAUCUCUCUCUUUCUCUCUCUCUCCUCCCUACCCUCUCACACACAACCAGGGGCGCAGAAAAUCAGGAAAAAGAAAGGUAUUUCACUUGUUUUCUGGCCUUCUCGAUCAGUACAUGUGCGUGCGUGUGUGUGUGUGUGUGUGUUUGUGUGCGUGCGAACGAGCGUUAAUUCAAAUUCUAAUCUCUCGAUCCAGUUUCAAACGUCAACACGUUUUUUGUACGACAAACAAAACAAAACAAAAAAACAAGACAUUUUUAGCCAAAACAACAUAAAAUGAAAAAGAUGGACCCGAAUUCUAAAAUUCGCCUACGUCUUUAUAAUCAAACAAAAGCAUAUUUCUCUGAUUCUACCACCAAACGGUAUAAAAAGAAAAAGAUAAUCCAUAACAACAAACAGAUUUAUAUAUAAAAAAAAAAAAAAAGAUUUUAAGAAAUAGCUUUUCAAUUGUUUUGUUUUCAAUUUCCCCCCACUUUAUCCCUCCGCCAUGUCUCCCCCUCACACAAAUUUUAAAAAAAAUUUGAAUUCGGGCUUAUCAGAGUUUUUGUUAUUUUUAAUUGCUCUUCUAAAUAACCCUGUAGGUGUCACGAGACCACACAGCUAAGAUGAAUCGAGUGAAUGAGUUCAGUUUGUGUCUGUGCGUGUUUGUGCCCCGCUGAAAGUGUCCCCGCAAAAGAUGUUGGUUAUUAUCAUAAUUUUUUGUUUCUUUUGUUUGUUUGAAUGAUUUGACGUUCGAGAUAUAUAUAUUCUAUACAUAGGUAAAGCAUAAGGAUAAGAAAAAGAAACACAAGUUUUCCUAUUACAUUUUUUGUGUCAGUCUGGGCCACCUCUCAAAGAGUUCAAAUUCAAUUUUGAAGAAUGGCCUACUCUUGAAAAGAGUUAGUUCUUUUUUUGUCUGUAUUAUUAUUGAAUUUUUUAUCGAUUUCUAAUUUUGUUUAUUUUACAAAAAAAAAAAGAAUGGAAUUUAAACAAAUUUGUUGGUACUUUUUUUGUUCUUUAUUUUUUUAUUUUUUUUUUAAUUUAAUUUGCAAUGUUUUGGCCAUACGAACUUCGGUUGUCAUUUGUUUUCCCUACAACUGUCAUUACAGACGUUAAAAACAAACGAGAAACGCGAGUCGCGUGACUAGCAGAAGAGAAAUUGUUUGUCUGUGUGUGCGUGGCUUUUUAUCGCUGCUGUGGUCGGUGCCCCCCAUGUGAGAGCAAAAAAAAAUUGGCAAGUUGUUUAUUGAAUUCUUAAAAAUUCUGUUUCCGCCCUAUGUUUCACGAGAACGAAUGCUGCCCUAGCCCAAUCUCCCGCCGUCUUAUUUCAUUUUCAUCCCACUGACUUUAAUGUGUGAUUCCCUGCUGUUUUUUUUCUCCUUCUCUCACGAUCUUCACUGUCUGUUCUCCCUUUUCACUCUCUUAGCCCACCCUUUCCGCAAUUCUUUUACAGUAAACGAAAAAAAAAGGUAAAACAAAAUCUAUCAAAUAAAAAAAUAAAAAUGAUGCAUCCAUUGUUGUAAGUGGAUGCGAGUGUUUGUUAUGUGUGUGUACAGUGUUCAGCUGGACAAAAAAAAAGGUAAAAAAAAAAACAUGUCAAAAUGAAUCCUAAGUUCUUGGUCUCUGGCAAACCUAUCUACACUCGUUGUUGUGUGGUUUCCUAGCCUUGUAUUCGCGUCAAGAAAAUAAAUAACAAACCCAUGUUUUUUGGUCUAAA